AUGCAUUUUUCAUUAUUAAAUUUGUUUAUUAUUCUUUUCGUUAUAUUAAUUGAGUACUCAUUAAUUAUUCAUACAUAUAAUUUUCAAUGUUUAACGUGCGACAAUUUUAUUGAUGGACCUGGUUGUGGAGAAUAUACACGACAAAUACCAUUAAGAACAUGUAGAACAUUCUGUUAUUUUGCUGUUAUAUAUAAUCGUUCGUUACCAUUAUCUAUACAUCAACGUGAAUAUUCUUCGAAUAUAUUACUACGAGCUAUACGUGAUUGUUCACCUUACGAUGAUAUGACAAUGGAAGGAAAUCAAUUACUUGAAUCGAAAAUAGGCUCCCUCUCAACAUCAUCUAUCGAUAUAAUAACUUUAAAACGUUGCAACAGUGAACAAUGUAAUAAUGAUUUUUAUCUUAAAGCUGAACAAUUUCUUUUAGGUAAAAGUUCAUCCUAUCGGUAUCUAUCAGUUCCAUUUUUGUUUUUACCUUUUGUGAUUAUUUUUUAUUAA